UUUGGCCGCAGUGUUUUUGUCUCGCUGUCAGUGAGACUGCUGGCCUUAAACGUUGAGGGGACUGGACGGGGGUAGGAUUUAGGUGGCACCUUUAAGACGUAGGAAUUGAAAGAGGAGGGAGGGGAACCUAAGCGAGGAGACCAUCAUUGCAGCACAGAGAGAUUGGCUGGUGAAUGACAAUCAUGGCUCAGGUGCUACAUAUGGACUCCAGUUUUCCAGGGAAGAUUAAUGCUCCGGCUCCCCCAGUACAUGGAAAGGAACAAGAGGCUCCGUACUCGGUAGAGACCCCGUAUGGCUAUCGUCUGGACCUGGACUUUCUCAAGUACGUCAAUGAUAUUGAAAAAGGCAACACUAUUAAGAAGGUGCCGGUACAGCGCCGCCCUCGGUAUGGCUCACUUCCACGUGGCUACAGCUACACUGGAUCCUGGUGGACUUCCACAGAGUCGCUGUGCUCCAAUGCCAGCGUGGACAGCCGUCACUCAUCGUACUCCUACUGCGCGCCAGGCUUCCACAGCACACAUCGGCCCAACUUCAGUACAGCACGUGUGGAGAAAACUUUGUUGGAUGCUCGCCGUAAGUUGGAAGAAGAAAAGGAUGGCCGUCAAUUCUCUAACCUGGGCAAUAUGCACAACAGCGUGGCCGGCUCCAACACCUCCUUGUCCAGUGCGCACAGUUUCAAUCGCGCCCAGGGUAGCUCCUACACACCAAUGAGCUCUGGUUUGUCAACACCCGUCUCACCCACACCCGCCCAUUUGCAGCACGUACGGGAGCAGAUGGCCGUCGCCCUGCGGAAAAUCCGAGAGUUGGAGGAGCAGGUGAAGACAAUCCCGGUGCUUCAAGUGAAGAUCUCCGUGCUGCAGGAGGAGAAGAGGCAGCUUAGUGUACAGCUCAAAAGCCAGAAGUUCCUAGGUCACACGCUGGGGUUCGGCCGGAGUCGUCCGCGUGGAGAGCUCUACAUUGACAUACCAGAGGAGGAGGUGGCAAAUGGUGGCCCAAACAAAGCUGCAGGAAGCCUUUCACCUACUACCCCAGGGUCUCUCCAGGACUCUGGCUGUGAAAUUGAGGAGACUGUAAUUGUUGGUGGAGCGCGUCCAGGUGCAAAAAAAGAAGUGAGAACCGUAGGUGUGGGGCCAGAGGUGGGAGAGAGGAGCUGUUGUCAUGUAGGUGUGGAGGUUCGGGAGGCGGACUUGGGGUUGCUUCCUGAAACUGAAGCACUAAAGACUAAGGUGGGGUUAUUGGAAGUUCAGCUAAGGAAAACUAUGCAGGAACUACAGAGUGCUCAGCAACAAGUGGAAGCUUCUAAGAAAGAGAAGCAGGCUCUUUACCCUCAGGUUGACCAUGCGGUGAAAGCCACCAGUCUGGGCUGGCAGGAGCAGCAUGGUCAGGCUGGUGCAGGCUUGCACACUGUUGUCAGUUUUACCCAACAGCCACAUCAGCAGAGGACAGUGGGGAUUCAAGUGUACACUUUGGAGCAGCCCACAGUGGUGGGUGUAGGGUCACUGGUGAAAGCCCAGAGCUGCAGUUCUGCUCAACCUGUGUCUGCAGGCACACUGGAGGGUUCCCGUCGGAGACCUGUAGAGUCCCUAAUAACAGAAGAAUCACCACGCGAGUUUCCCAUUGCAAUAAGCUCCAAGCAGGUGCGAGAGGUCUUGAGGAGUGAGGUUUCCAAAUCAGUACCAGUGACCAACCAGGCAACUGCCAUGGAAACAAAGUGCAACCAAGUGCCUCCUGUCUGCCAGAGGCUAAAAGAAGGAGAGAUUAACCAGAAACCAGCUGAAGACGAUGUCCAAAAAGAUGCAACGAAACCAGCCUCCCCUCAAUCCACCCUGAGGUCAAUCAUGAAGAGAAAGGCAGAUGGAGAACCCGGCUCUCCAUACACCAAAAAGAACCUGCAGUUCAUAGGAGUCAAUGGAGGUUACGAGUCGACAUCUUCCGAAGAGAGCAGUUCGGAAAGUUCAGAAGAGGAAAGCGAUGCGAGCGAGUACCACGAGGCUACAGAGAAACUCCCUGAAUCUGCAGCACAGGUGAACUCCUGUAGCAUUGCUACAACAGCUACCCUAACAUCUCAACACAGCACUGCCCAGUCACCAGCCAAUGAAACUGCACCACAACAGAGCACCAGCCAAUCGCAUUCCACGGAUGCAGCUGACCAGCAACAGGUUACCCAAUCACCAGCAACAGAGUUGAACACACAGCACUGUAUAAGCCAAUCACCAGUUACUGCCGCGGCUCAUCCGGAGAGUGCCGUUCGGUCCACUGCCACUUUUCUUCAGCACAACUCUGCCCAGUUACCAGCCACCAGCAAUGUAGCCAAACAAACCGUUGUUCAAUCCAAAGCCACUGAUUCAAACGUUCAGCAAAGGCCCGCCCAGCAAGAGGUGUCAGGCUUUGCCGGUCCGCAGGUAACCACUCAAUCGCAAUUCACUGAUGCCAAACCUCAGCAAGACACAAGCCAAUCAAAAACCACUGACCUCACUGCCCAGCAAACAGCUACACGAUCUGCUGAUGUCUCGGUGAAACAGGAAACAGCCAUAUCCUCCACCACUGAUGCGACUGGGAAACCCUGCGCUAUUCCAGCUAGCAAACCGGAGUUGAGCAGCAGUCUCAUGGCAGUUCUCUGUAUCUUGCAGAAAGCUCUGAGUGAACCAAAUGCAUUUAGCCAUCAAGACGCGAGGACGGCCUACACUACAGUGUUACAGGAGUGGCUGAGAGUGUCCUGUCAUAAAGCUGCUGACACUGCGGUGGUCAAGGCGCACAUGGACACCUUUGCCUCCAUUUCCCCACAGCUACUGGAGUUUGUUAUUAACAUGGCAGACGGCAAUGGAAACACAGCCCUGCAUUAUACCGUCUCACACUCCAACUUUCCUGUAGUCAAACUGCUGCUGGAUACUGGUCUCUGUAAUGCUGAUAAGCAGAACAAGGCGGGCUACACAGCAAUCAUGUUGACAGCACUGGCUGCCUUUAAUUCCGACAGUGACCUUCAAACCGUCCUACAGCUCCUCCGCACCGGAGACGUCAAUGCCAAAGCCAGCCAGGCAGGACAGACGGCGCUGAUGCUGGCGGUCAGUCAUGGCAGAGGUGAUAUGGUGAAAGCACUGCUGUCCUGUGGAGCGCAGGUGAACCUGCGUGAUGAUGAUGGAUCCACAGCGCUCAUGUGUGCCUGUGAACAUGGACAUGUGGAUAUCGUACGCCAGCUGCUGUCUGUGCCGGGCUGUGACGCCACGCUCACUGAUAAUGAUGGCAGCACGGCUCUAUCUAUUGCACUGGAGGCCAGUCAGAAUGACAUCGCUGUGCUUCUGUACGCACACCUCAAUUUUGCUAAGCCGCCUUCCCCUGUGUCACCAAAGUCUCCAAUGUUGGGAUCUUCUCCUCCCUCUUCAGAAAUGAAGUGACCCUUUCAUUAAAUGGAUGUCAUAAAUUUGAUGUCACCUCUUCCAGCAGAUUUCUUCGUCCAUUCCACUGUCUAUGUGUGUGUGUGUGUGUUUGUGUGUGUAUAUACAUAUGUGUAAUAUCAUGUUACUUUUUGCAUAUUUUUAGCUUGAGUGACAUUAGAAGUGCACUCUUAACAAGAAUCUUAAGACUUGUCUAAAAAUUAGCACUUGACACCGUUGAUCUUUUAUCGUUGUUUUCUGUGUUAUUCUCAUCUUAAUAGAUGAGUUUUAAAUUAAAACAACAAGCGUGUAACAGCAAUAUCAUUUAUCUAUCAAUCUAUUUCUUGCGAUGAAACGUUGGAUGUUAAGUGUCACGCUACAAAGUAAAAUGAUGCAAAUGCAUUUACUGUACUUUAGACAAUCCAUCAAUGUUUGAAACUGAAAUCAUCAUCCAGUGUCACACAGUAAUCGAUUAUAUUUGUAAAACUGUUGCGUAAGCAACCAGAUUAUCACGUACCUUAAUCAAGUGUCCUUUCAUGGUUUUUACUGUUCACAAUAAAAUAAGACUUUUAAUUUCCAAUCUGUAUAGACAUCAUAGUGCAUAUAAGUGCACUCACACCAGCUGUUUUUGAUAGACUUUAAAUCCUUAUUUUUAGUAUGUGUUUGUAUACUAGGUUUGAUUAUACUGUGCAGUUGUCCCUCUUUUUGGAGAUUUAUAAUGUUAACUUUCACAAGCCGUAAAACACUUGCUUUGUUUUUACUAAAUAUAGCUGCAUAUUGUCAGACAUCAACCUGCUUCAGAUAUUGUUUAUAUUUAAAUACCAGGCUUGUUUUUUGUGUAAAUUGUAUAGAUUUUAUAGGUAUUAACGGAUAGCAUAGAUUAUUUCACAGUGGAUGUCAGUGUAGUUUUUCGAGGGUGUACUUUGUGUAUCCUGACUGGUAUAGAGGACUGCGUAGUUUUGCCAUUUGUGAUGAUUGUAAAACCGCAUUUACAGUAAUUUAGUGUAAACAAUGACUUACAUUGGACUUUUGUCGAACAAGGGCUCUCUAAAGACUUUAUACACUAGUCAACAUUUGAAGUGGAUCAAAACCUUUCAUAAAAUUUUGAGCAAUACCCGUUCUUGACUUAGAAGAACUUUGAUUAACUUUUUAAAUUCAUUUCAAAUGUUGACUAGUAAUUAAAUAUGAGAGCAUUUUUAUCUCACUGUUUUUUGUGCGUGCGUGCGUGUGUGUGUGCAUGUGUGUGAUUACCAGUUGCAAUGAUACAUAGCCAUUGAAGGUAAUAUGAAGGUACGUGAAUCCUGAAGUUUCUUUAGAUUUGGUGAAUGAGACCAGACGUUGGUACAACUGAUAUGCACAUUGUUUGGUACGGGUUCACUGAGUGCGGAAAAUCAUUUGAUUUGGUUCUUUUUUGCUCGGUAGCUAGUGGUUUUAAGGUCCAGAAUGUGUGUGGAAAGGUCUAUGACGAAUGUAAGAUGUUUUCCAAAAUGAAAAUAAUAUAUAAAUACGUAUCAUCUCCAAAGGUUUGGUGCAAAGACUAUAGAAUUUUUUAGCAAUUUUAACUGCACAAGUUUUAACUUUUUUAAUUUGAAUUUGAGUUUUUUCACUUUAUACACAUGCUUUCUUAUAACCAGUUUAGUAACAAAUUGAUUUGAUACUCUUUUGUAUUUGAUUUAUUUAACUCUCUUUGAAUAUCUUUGUAAUAUCUGUUCACAGCGUAUGUAUAUCUUUUGGCACAUUUGCCUGCCUUGUACCUUACAAUAUGUACAGAGCUCACAAUGAAAGUUGUUUGUUUGUUCCUUCCAUUCAUUUAAAAAAAAAAUAAACAGAAAAACAAUAAAAGGAAA